AUGGCCGGCUUCCGGCGCUCGCGGGUGCUCUUCUUCAUUCUAGGUGCCCUCGUCUUCUACUUCACGGCGCAAACCCUCAUAUCCUUCAGGGGCUAUCACUACCCUCUCGAGGGCGUCCCCGUCCGCCGCUCGAGCUUCGACUGGUCCAACUUUCCCCAAGCCCACCCCGUCGAGUCGUAUAGAACCCUCCCCACGGGCGAUCCCCUCGAGCUGCCCCGCGUGCAGCACGCCUUCGCCGCCGACCCCGCAGCCGGCAUCUCCAAGGAUGAACUCUCCGCCCGACGCGAGAGAACUACGUUUGGAGGAUGGGCCGCCACCGCCGUCGACAGCCUCGAUACCCUGUGGAUCAUGGGUCUCGACAGGGAGUUCUCCGAGGCCUUGCGUUCCGUGGCCAAGCUCGACUGGGCGAGCACACAGGACUCAAGCCUCAACGUCUUCGAGACGACCAUUCGGCAUCUAGGCGGCCUGCUGAGCGCCUACGAUCUCAGCCACCAGCCGGCGCUUUUGGCCAAGGCCGUGGAGCUGGGCGACCUUUUAUACAUGUCCUUUGACACGCCGAACCGCAUGCCGCCCUUUUGGCUGGACUUUAGCCGUGCCCGCUCGGGCUCGCAGCUGACGGGGAACGAUAAAUACUUUGACGCCAUCGACAGGAUCAAGGACGUGUUCGAGAAACUGCAGAACAGCACCAUGCUUCCGGGCAUGUGGCCCAUCGAGAUCGACUUCCGCAGGGAAAAGGCCCCGGGGAGGUCUUUUACCCUCGGCGGCCGCGCCGACUCCUUGUACGAAUACCUGCCAAAGAUGCACAUGCUCUUGGGCGGCCUGGAUCCGACUUACAAGAAAAUGGCCAUCUCCUCGCUCGAUACCGCGCGGGACAACCUCCUCUUCCGCCCCAUGGUCAAGGAUACCGCGCCCAUACUCUUCUCCGGCCGGCUUGUCAUUCCCUUUCGCGAGGAUGCGGAGCCGGAGCUCACUGCCGAGGGCGAGCACUUGACCUGCUUCGCCGGCGGCAUGUUUGGCCUCGCGGGCAGGCUCUUCUCCCGGGACGACUAUGUCGAUUACGGCGAGCAGCUCGCCCGCGGGUGUGCGUGGGCGUACGAAAGCUUCCCCACGGGCCUGAUGCCCGAGGUCUUCCAGCUCUUGCCCUGCAAAACGACAAACCUGGGACCUUGCGAGCCCGACGCCGAGGAGGAGCCCUCAACCGAGACCACGCAGAGGAGGCUACCGGAAGGCUUCAAGUGGAUCAAGGAUGCUCGGUACCUUCUCCGACCCGAAGCGAUCGAGAGCAUUUUUAUGCGCGAUCGAGACGGCGACCGCGACUACCCUCGCGAACUCGGCCAUUGCGGAUGUCAAAGAAAGGGAGAGACGAGAAAGCUCGAUUCUAUGGAGAGUUUCUGGUUCUCCGAGACCCUCAAGUAUUUCUAUCUCAUCUUCUCUCCGCCCGACGUCGUCAGUCUCGAUGACUAUGUGUUUAAUACAGAGGCCCAUCCGCUAAAGCGGCCCAAGCCAGAGCUUAAAACUCAGCGAAACGACCUCCGCAAGCAACGCCAGCUCGCACCAAGGAUGGAGCCUUUCCACAUCUUCACGACGCUCCGGUACGACGCGAAGCUCGAGGCACUUCACAAUGACCCGAAUUUCGCCCACGCAGGGUGGAACUACCGCAGAGCCUCUUCCUGCUACAUGCUAGAUUUCCACCGCGACCGGAUGCUGCGCGCCGCCACGUAUUGGGACUGGACCGCCGCACUAGGCGUGCUGUCCGGCGACGCCGCCUUGGCCCGCUUGGAAACCGCAGUUCUACAAGCGGUGACGGCUGCGGGCCGAAGCGGAGAGUACGCGCGCGUACGCAUCCUCGUCGGCCAGGAUGGGCAGAUAGAGGUGGAAGCUUCGGGCGAGACGGAAAAGCAGAUGGAAGAUUUGUUUCCCCGGGGUCUUGCGGCCCCAGUAGAAGCAGCCGGCGGUGGCAUGGCGGGAGCCCCAUCGCCGACGUUUACGGUCUUUCUAGACGGGGACGAGACGGAAAAGUCCGAGUUCACGCACUACAAAACGACUCGGAGGGCCAUGUACAACGGGGCAAGGGAGAGGGCGGGGAUCAAGCUCGGGGAGCCAAAGGAGGUGCUUCUAGCCGCAGACGACGGGGGCGUCAUGGAGGGGAGCGUGACAACGCCAUACUUUUGGAGGCAGGAGAGUGGCGGCCAGGACGGAACAACGAGAAGGUGGGCUCUAGAGAGUGGAUAUGCCGUCGAGGAAGCCGUGCCUUCCAGUUCGUUGGUAGACGGAGAACUCAUCUGGCUAAGCAAUGGAGCCAAGGGGUUCCUACUGGGCAAGCUCCAGGGAAAGGUUUGA